AUGGGGAACUGUUGCGCGGCGCCGAGCAGGAGAAGCGCCUUCUUCAGCAGGACGCGGAAUCUGAGGUCCCUCUCCUCCAUCACCAGCGAGGACGUUGAUGAGGAGGAGGGGCGCGGCUCGGAGGUCCUCUCUCCCGUCUCCGUCCUCGGAGAUGGGGCUUCUACUGGGGAGGAUCUGCAGAGGCGCUACCGCCUGGGGGAGGAGCUAGGCCGGGGGGAGUUUGGGGUGACGAGGAGGUGCGAGGAUGCGGAGACCGGGGAGGUUGUGGCCUGCAAAUCUAUCUCGAAGAGGAAGCUGAGGACGGCGGUGGACGUGGAGGACGUCCGCAGGGAGGUGGAGAUCAUGCGUGCCCUUCCCCCUCAUCCUCACAUUGUGAGGUUCAGGGACGCCUUCGAGGAUGCCGAUGCCGUGCACAUCCUGAUGGAUCUCUGCGACGGAGGGGAGCUCUUCGAUCGGAUCGUUGCCAAGGGCCACUUCAGCGAGCACGGCGCUGCCAGUAUUGUUAAGACCAUCGUCGAGGUUGUCCAGGUAGAUCUUCCUCUUCUUGUGGUUGUGCCAGCGGAAAGGGAUUGAGUAGCCAUACUUGGUGGUGGUGUCUGCUUCAGCACUGCCAUCGCCAUGGAGUGACGCAUCGAGAUUUGAAGCCGGAGAACUUCCUGUUCGUGAACAAGACGGAGACCUCCCCGCUCAAGGCGAUCGACUUCGGCCUGUCCGUAUGCUUCGAGCCCGGUAGAUCCAUCGUAAUUCACCUCUAUGAAUGCACCUUCCCGAUUAAUCGAGAUCAAGCAAUCACGCCUUCCGAUUUCCUAUCUGCCGCAGGCGAGAGAUUCAACGACAUCGUCGGAAGUGCGUUCUACAUGGCCCCGGAGGUACUGCGAAGGAACUACGGGCCUGAGGCGGACGUUUGGAGCGCGGGGGUCAUCCUCUACAUCCUGCUGUGCGGAUUCCCCCCAUUUUGGGCAGGUACGACAUCCUGCCGACUGCAUCUAAGUAGCUGCCUCAAUAACUCCCACGAAAAGCGUGAUCAAGAUGAACGGAUCUACUCCACAUAUCAUCAACUGGUUUGAACGGAUUGUCAAGAAUAUCUGAUACUGUGAUGACAUGCGCAGAAACAGAUGAAGGAAUUGCAUACUCCAUUGUUCGAUCGGUUUAUAGCUUCGAGAGAGAACCCUGGCCGAGGAUUUCAGAGGACGCGAAGGAUCUGGUGAUCCACAUGCUGGAUUCAGAUCCCUACACCCGAUUGACAGCUGGUGAAGUUCUAGGUAUCAACCAUCCUCUUCGCAAUCGGUUUCCACAAGAGGAAGCGUUCGUCGACUCCCAGUUCUAGACCGGAGCUAAGAUUCCUCCAUUUAUCUUCUUGAAGAGCACCCAUGGAUCCAGAACGCUGCCACAGGCCCCAACGCUUGUCUCGGGGAAGCUAUCCAAAGUUUCCACAAGCUCAAGCAAAGUGCCUCAAGGGUAAGCUUCAUCACUUCAGGAAGACAAAGCCACCCUCUGUAUCUUUGUGCCCUCUUCUGAAACCUCCUCAAAGGAAGCACAGGUGUCAGAGAACCCAACAUUGGAGAAGCUCAGAGAGGACCUCAAGAACAUCGGAGGGCCGAUUCCAGAUCCAGAGGCUUGGAUGUUGGUGGAAGCUGUGAGGAUCAUCAACCCCUCUCUCUUGAUCGAUUCCAGAUCAAGAACACCAAGUUUUCUUUCCAUCAUCAUCCCACAACGAAAAGCAUGAGGAGAUUCAAGCAUAUUUCUUCUGCAGUGAUCCAGAAAUGACUGCUGGGUUUAUAGCAGAACUAUGAGAGUGGCUCAGUUAUAUGUAGAUCAAGUUGACGGCUGUCCAACUUCUUACUGGGUCCCUGGUCUGAGAUCUUCACAGGCGGACGAGGACGGCGGCGGGUGGCCGGACUGCGAGGAGCUUGUGAUAGCCUCCACCAGCACGACGACGGACCUCCACCUCAUGAAGGCCUUCAGCUACUUCGACAGGAACAGCGGUGGGUUUGUCGAGAUCGACAAACUGAGAGAUGCCCUCGGGGAGAACAAUGAACUGGUUCUAAAAAUCAUCGCCUAUGUGGGCAGCGACAAGGUGAGAGUGACACUUUUCUUUCCUCUCUCUCUCUCUCUCUCUCCUCAUCAAUCUCAAGAAUUCCAUCAUUUUCCAAUCUAGAACUCUGCACCCUCAGACUGCCGACCAUUUGCUCUGUAGAUCCAAUUCCUCUCUGGGCCACAGAUGAUGCGAUCUCCCUGGGUUAAUAAUGGAGAAGAAUCAUCUCAUGAUCCUUACACUUCAUCCCCCAUCUAACAGCGUUGAGCUCUCCAACAAAACUCUGCAGGAGAUAAGGAUCAGCUACGAAGAACUCAAGAUGAGGAUCAUGAUGCUGAUGGCAAGGUCCGAAGAGGACCGGAGGCUGCUGGCGUUGGGCCGCUACUCGACGGCCGUGAAGAACACUCUCAGUUUUAGGUUGUUCGACAAUGGAUGCUCCGAAAGAUAA